CCAGGAUGUAUCUCAUGAACCGUGAUAGCUAGACAGUUGAAAUUUUCACAGAUGAUGUAUUUCUGUUGCCGCUAUAACAACAAAUACUAAAAACAGAAUAAAAUAAAUAUUUAAGGGGGGCUCUCAUACAACAAACAUAUUUUUCUUGCCGUUUUUAUAAAUAAUGGUACGGAACCCUUCGUGCGCGAGUCCGACUCGCACUUACCUGGUUUUUAUUAUUAUUAAAGAAUAGAAAUGCCAACAGUUAGACCAAGAUAACUCUGCAUCUGCAACGAUGUUGAUAGCCCAGACUGUGCAAGUGUUACGUAAAAUUUCAUAGAACUUUGACAUUUAAAAUAAAACAACACUUGUACAGUUUAGGCUAUCAAAAUCGCUGCAGACUUACCUUAGUCUAACUAUAACUAGCAAAAAGGAUCAAGUAUAAGUAAAAAAAACACAUUACUUAUUUCACAAAAGGAAAAUCUAAAUAUACAGUUAGAAAUUAUGAAUGAAUUCAUUGAUAAAGUCGUCAUGCACUUUUACGGUUGAUGGUACAGGAGGACUUAAUUUCAUAAUGCAUUAUUUACUAGUCAAGUCAAUUCCAUCAGUACAAAAACCUAUUUUAUCAUCAUAAAUCCAGAUGACUGAGAUGCGUAACGAACGCACCUAUUACGGGACGCGUAUUAAUACCUACUUACCUAGUUGAGUUUAUAGGCCUGUGUCUAUGUUGUAAUGUAACAUUAACCUACUUAUUUCAAUUCAUUCAAACUCGUCCUUCAAAAUUAAGUGCCCGUCAAAAUACGAUGCUCCGACAAUAUCAUGUGUGAUGAAAGCUCAAGAUGCGCUUUCAAGAGGGGCUGGGGUUUUGCAGCAGUGCACGCAAGUUUCACCCGCAGACAACCCGCGCGCAGCCACUCGCGCUGACGCGCUCCGAAACCGUACUCUACUGGUAAUGAAAAACUUACCGAAAACAAUAACGUUCUCAACAUGUGUUUGUAACUAUGGCAGUUUCACAUCAGUGGUUUAUACAAUGGUCACCCCCGUCCAUGAUACUCGCGGACAUCACUAGUCAGUACAACAAUGUGAACGAAAGAUUUAACACUUUUGACCAUGAUAGAACAAAGUGGGAAGUGAACAGUGAUGAUAGUCAAACUAAGCCCGUGUAUGAACCUGAACAAAGUGACUAUGGAUAUGAUACCGAGGAAAAAGUUAGAAAUGGAGCGACGCAGGCCGCCGGGCUGACGUUGUGGCUCACGAUGCUAGGCCUAGCCCGCGCGCAGAGCAUCCCGGCAGACUUUGACACACCGCCCUUUAGCACACUCUACAAGUGGCAGCGCGUCGACUUCGAAUUCCCGUCUGCGAUGCACCGCCAACAAGCAAUCGCUACUGGCAAAUAUAUACCAGCGAACGUGCUACCCCUGGGCCUCGAGGUGUACGGAUCUCGCGUAUGGGUGACGCUGCCGGCCUGGCGGCGCGGCGUGCCGGCUACGCUGGCGACCGUGCCGCGCUCCGGCGGCGUCACCUCCCCGCUCCUCAGGCCUUAUCCCGACUGGUCGUUCCACAGAGCAUUUGCAAAUGAAUCCAAAACCUGUAGUGGAUUGACUUCAGUGUUUCGAAUGAACGUGGAUGCCUGCGGGCGACUGUGGGUUCUAGAUUCCGGUCAAAUUGACUCUCAAGACAGCCCGAAGCAGUUAUGUCCUCCGAGUAUAGUCGUUUUUGACUUGAGAACAGACAGACUCAUCGCUAGGUACAAAAUUCCAAAAAAAUAUGUACUACAAGACUCGCUCUUCGCUAACAUUAUCGUGGACACUCGCACUAAAGACUGCUCGGAUUUACACGUCUACAUAGCAGAUACUUGGCGGUUCGGACUUCUAGUGUUCAGACAAAGUGAUGCUACUUUUUGGAGAUUCUCUAAUCCUAUUUUUUAUCCUGACCCACUCGCUUCUAACUACACACUUCACGGCAUUAAUUUUCAAUGGGCAGAUGGAAUUUUUGGGCUAGCGCUAUCACCUUUGGACUCUUUUGGUAACCGACUGUUAUUUUUUCAUGCUAUGUCGAGUUAUAGAGAGUUCUUUGUGUCUACAACGGUUUUACGACAGAGCGUGCGGGUUAAUGACAGUUCGUCAGAUUUUCAUCUGGUCGGCGAAAGCAGAGGUCUAUCUGGACAGUCAUCGGCUUCUGCCAUAGACAGGCGUGGGGUCAUGUUCUACGGUUUGGUCUCCCGAGAUAGUAUUGGCUGCUGGGAUACUCAAAAGCCCUAUAGUAGAAAGUCGAUGGGGGUGGUGGCUGAGAACACAGAGACACUAAUAUUUCCUAAUGAUAUAAAAGUUGACCAAGAGGAGCAGCAAAGUGUUUGGGUGUUAUCGAAUCGUCUGCCGAUGUUUCAAAGGGGUCCUUUGAAUCCUUACGACUACAAUUAUCGUAUUAUGUAUGCUGACACAGCAGAAGCGGCCAGGCAGACUGUCUGCGAUCCCGACGUGCAGUUACCUGCACUCAGCUAUAGAAGGUUAAAUGAAAUUCCCAUAUCGCCAAUAAAACAGCAUUGAUUUGUCAGUAGUAAAUCUUGGCAAAUUAAAAUUGCGCUAAAGAAAGCACAUGUUGGACCAAUUAAGGGACGUUUAAGAGAAAAUUUAGAGUAUUAUUGAUAUUUCACCGAGAGCUGUAAAAAUUUUACCGCUUUAUGCGUUAAAAGUUGAAUAAUAUAGGGCUAUUUAUUCUUUAUGUUUCCUAUGUACUUAAUGAAAGAUGCUGCAAUUGGUUUCAAUAUUACUAACAAAUUAAAACUAUUUUUUUGCUCCAGUCAUGGGGUGAAUAGCGCCAUUAAUUUUCAAACUAACAAAUAUCAAUGAAAGAUUAAACUUAAGUAGCUUAACUUAUGGUAGCUUGUUUAUAGUAAAAUGUUGCCAGCGUUUAAAAACUGAUGGUAAAUACUUGCUUUACAGGAUUUGUCUAUACCAUCUCAUUACUGGUGCCAGUCCCAUCAUAAGAGUGUUAUGGUGUUAACUUAUACUACAAUGACAAUGUUUUUUUUUCUGUAAACUUAUUAUCAUAAAUCUAUAAUAUUUAAAUAACGCUGUUCGCGUAAUACACAUGUAGGGUAGGUGUUAUUGUAAUAGUGCCGAGAAGAGAGUAUUGAACGUUUAAGUCUAAAAUUUUAAUAUGUACAUAGGUUGAACAUAAUUAUGUGAUUUACGUAUUUUGAAGUUGAUAUUUGAUACGCUGGUCGAACCGAAUGUCUUUUUAUUUUUUGCCUGAGUUUGUUGUAUUUUGCACCAUGUUUUAGUCACUUCGAUGCAUUUAUUUUUUAACGAAUAAUUGUUUUUGCUAUACAUCAGCUCGACCGAGGCUUUGAAAGUUCGAAAUGUUAAAUAAAAUGAAAUUAAUGGAUAAUCGGUACGCCAUUUAUCCAGAUUUAAGUGUAUUUUAUAUACUACGUCGGUGGCAAACAAGCAUACGGUCCGCCUGAUGGUAAGUGAAGGUAGUCUCCGUAGCCUAUGUACGCCUGCAACUUCAGAGGUGUUACAUGCGCGUUGCCGACCCUAAACCCCAACCCCCCUCGUUGAGUUCUGGUAUAACCUUACUCACCAGCAGGAACACAACACUAUGAGUAGGGUCUAGUGUAUAUUGUUAAUAAAUAUAAAAGUUCUGUACAAUACAUUGAUACAAAAACUAUUUUUGAUCUGUUUAAUAAGAACAUGACUCAAAUGAAAAACGCCUGCCAUACGCAUUCCUUACCUUUGCUUGGAGAAUUAAAUAGGCGCUAUAAAUUAUAAUAAUAAUAAUAAUAAUAAGCCCGCAGGGCAGCUUGUGGCGAGCUGUUGGGGAGUAACGACCCCACGGACCCGAGUGCUCCAGAGAGUCGGUCAGGGUCUCCGUCUCCGGCGUGUCUUCGUCGGUCGGAGUGGAACCCCAAGGGGACCCGUAGGACUCUCAGCUCUGGCUUGCCUUAAUUGGCCGUCCAGAGGGGAGACGUUAGAGCUGUACGCUCCAGGGGUGGAAGUGUUAAAGGGCGUAACGCCGCGAGUAACUUCGGAGAAAGCGCAGCACACCUCUCGACACCCCUGAGCCGCUCACGCCGGUGUUGCGCCUGGCCGUCUUUACGAUGGCGCAUCAGGUGCCCAUCUAGCGAGUGGCGAGUCACCGUCUGCCUUGAUAACACUGUAUAUCACAAUGUUAUAGCAGGUGUCCGGAACUCUUAGCAAUAGCCCAGUCUUAUUUUCCACCCAAAUUCAAACCAUAGACCAAGACUCUUUCCAUUUUUCUGCAAUAGCCUCCAAUGCCUGCUGAAACCGGUUUAU